AUGGAUUUGGCAAAGAAAGUCGCAAAAAGCCUAGGUGCUGGUUUGAUUGCAGUGCCUGUGAUUCUUAUUCAAUUUGGUGGAAAAGACCCCGUGAUGAAUCCUAUGAUGGCUUUCUUGGUCGGAGCGAUCGCGCGUGGUGUCUUGCAGUUUAUCUCGAAAGCAAUUGACAAUGGCGAUUUCGGAAUAAUUGAACAUGAUGUUCACGUUGGUACCAUUUUGGGAUCCGCUGUUUGUGUAUACGUGAUGUUUCUUCUUAUCGCACUAGCAACCAUGAUGAACCCUAAUCUUGAAGGCGAGGAAGCAAAGGUCUUGGGAACGUUUGCAGUGACUAUCGUCUGUAACUCUGUACUGCUCUAA